AUGGCUGCCACCACCUCCGUCGCUGCCAUGAACUUGGCUGCUCCCGUGGAGCUCGGCAACCCGGCCCAGAAGGCUUCCCGCGUGUUCAACAACACCGCGUCCUUCGCCCGCGCUGAGAAGGCUUCGCUCGCCGUCAGUGCCUCGGCUGAGGAGAAGCAGAGCAGGCGCUCGGCUCUUGCCCUCAUUGCCACCACCGUUGCCGUCUCCCUUUCCGGCAGCGCUCAGGCCGUCACCGGCGUGAAGAUCGAGGGCCCCCCUCCUCUGGCUGGUGGCCUUCCCGGCACUGAGAACUCUGACCAGGCCCGUGACUUCGAGGCCCCCCUGAGCGAGCGGUUCUACAUCCAGAUCAAGACCCCCGAUGAGGCUCUCGCCCGCGCUAAGGAGGUCAUCGGCGUCUUCCCCGAGGUUCAGGGCUACAUCUCCAAGAAGGCCUGGCCCUAUGUCCGCAACGAGCUGCGCUCCGAGCUCGGCUACUUGAGAUACGAUCUUGCCACCGUCAUUGCCUCCAAGGCCAAGGCUGAGAAGAAGGCUCUUAACGCCGAGCUCAAGGAGCUGGUCACCACUCUGGAGUCGUUGGACUAUGCUGCCCGCGUGAAGGACCAGGAGGCCGCUCAGAAGUUCUUCGAUGCCACCAAGUCCAAGGUCUCUGCCCUGCUUGCUAAGCUGUAA